AUGGCAACGAGGACAACACAAGACUGUGGGAGUGUCCAGGCGUCCAUCAUGUGGUGGGGACACCCCCUGGUGGCAGUACUGACCGUGUGGACUCGCUCGGCGUGGGGCUUCAGUAACGGCAGGGUGGGCGUGGCCUGUGGAGACAUGGGUCCUCAGCACGGCCCCCGGCCCCGUCCGGACCCCCCUCCAUACAGCCUCAGCGUGGACAAACCCAGCUUCAGCCCCGGAGAGCCCGUCACAGUGUCCCUACAGGCCCUGAACGGCUCCUUCUUCCGGGGUUUCCUGAUUGAAGCCCGGGACUCAGAGGACCUGCAGUCCCCGGCGGUGGGAGUCUUCAGCCUGAGCGCCCCGCAGCAGAGCCAGCUGCUGCAGUGUGCUGGCUCUCCGAGAUCGGCAGUGAGCCACAGGACAGGAUCCAGGAAGACUCACAUUCAGGCAGUCUGGCGGUCUGACAGAAACCCUCCACACUCGGUCCAGUUCCUUGUGACGGUGGUGCAGGACUACCAGGUGUACUGGGUGAGGAUCACAGGCCCUCUGGUGGUCCUGAGAGGAGCCACAGAGUCCCCGUCCACCGCCCCUCCUGCUUCCCCCAGCAGCCCGGCAGUCCUGUCUGCACCGUUCAGUUCAGAGGGAUGUGGACUCACCAAGUCCUGCCUGCGGGAGCCGGAGGGCUGCCGCCCGGACUCGGACCACCGCUGCGUCUUCCUGUCCUUCACGGCGGACGCUUCGGGACGCAGCGUGAUGUUUGAGCUCAGCGGACCAGCUGAAGGCUACGUGUCCUUCGCCCUGUCUCUGGACAAGUGGAUGGGGAACGACGACGUCUUCCUGUGUGUGAAGGACGGAGGCGGAGUCUCCAUCAGAGCCGGGUACGUCUCAGGAAGAACACAGCCAGAGCUGCACCCACAGGAGAGCCUGUGGGGUGGAGCCUGGAGGCUGGAGAACGGGCUCAUCCAGUGCCGUUUCCAUAGAAACAGCGUCCUGCCUCCCAGCUUCAGCUUCAACCACAGCCUCUUUGUGUUUCUGGCCUGUGGCGGGGCUCAUGGAGGUUCGGUCCUCAAACACCAGGAGCAGCCCGUCGUCUCCGGCCGCCAGACGGUGAUCAGUGGCCCUCCGGAGGACCUGCGGGGGUCCCGGCCCCCCCUGCUCAUCAGGCUGCACGGUGUGCUGAUGCUGACGGCCUGGAUGUGGACGGCCAGUUGCGGCGUCCUCGCUGCUCGCCACUGCAAACACCUGUGGUCCAGCAGGUCUCGGCCAGGACACACACUCUGGUUCCAGCUUCAUCGCACCCUGAUGGUUCUCGCUCUGGUGCUCACUGCAGUUGGUUUCACUCUGCCGUUCCUGUACAGGAGAGGAUGGAGCAAGAGUGCAGGUUCCCACUCCUCCAUGGGCUGUGCUGUUCUGACGCUGUCCGUCCUCCAGGGGACUUCCGCCUGGUUCAGACCUGCUCCUCAGUCCCCCAGGAGGGUCUUCUUCCGCUGGACGCACCUCGCAGUGGGCUCGAUCACUCACCUACUCGCUGUGGUGUGUGUGUUCCAGGGUCCAGCCCUGCAGACCCUGCUGCUGCCCCGGCCCUGGUACCCUGCAGGACUCUCAGCCUGGCUGCUGUGGAUCCUCCUCACAGACCUGCUGCUCCAGCUUCACGCCUUCCUGUCCAGGAUCAGAGAUGGAAACAGAACCAGAUCAGAGGAACAGGAGAACAUCAUAUCAGAGAAUCAGCAGCAGGCAGAGUGCUGGUCAGUGAGGAAGACGAUGCUGCUGCUCUUCCUCCUCGGACACUCCAUCUUCCUGGCUGCGUUCACUCAGGCUGUUUUCAGACUUUAAGCUUCCAUCACUCAUC